AUGACCAGUGCAAAUGGAUUUUCGGAUUCACAAGAAUCUGAUUUAGUGAACGAAGAAGACAUGAAAGUAUUGGAAAAAUCUAUUGGCUGCAUACCAUCAUAUUGGAUACAAAAUAUAAUAGACGAUAAAAUUGAAGAAAACUACGAUUUAGAACAACAAUAUCUAGAAGAAAAUAAACCAAUAAAAGAUGAAGAUGAAGAACAAUAUUAUCGAGAAAUUGACUCUACCCCUCUACCCUCAAGAAUCCCUGUAAAGGAAGAGUUCCCCGGUCGACAUAAUUUUCAGGUUUCACUGGGUAAUCAGGAUAGCAGUAAACAUUGGAUUUAUUCUCAAAUAUUAAAGAAAGUAUUUAUUAAUAUGGAAGAAACACUGCCACUACGUUUGAAGUGGGAUCCUCCUGAAGGUGGUUUACUUCUACGUACUGCCAUGGUUUUUAGUUUAGAUCAAUAUGCUGGUGAUCCAGUCAGAAGAUGUCAUAAUCACACAGCACCAAAUAACUCAAGUAAUAGAGAUGUAAAUCUAAGAGUAAUUAAACAUGUUGUCCGUUGCACGGAUUCGACUAGCAUGUAUGAGGAAAGAAAUGAACAUUUGUCUGUAGUGACACCAUUGCAUAGACCACAACCAGGUUCACAAUAUGUGCCAGUGUGUUUUAAGUUCUUGUGCAAAAAUAGUUGUCCAUCUGGCAUGAAUCGUAGACCAACUGAAUUAAUUUUCACUUUGGAGAAUAGUGAGAAAACAGUUUUGGGUCGGCGAAGACUUUCUGUUAGAGUUUGUAGUUGUCCCAAAAGAGAUAAAAAGAAGGAAGAAGCUGAAGUACUAAAAACACAAUCUAAUGUCAAAAAAAUAAAACUUAAUGUGCCAGUUGGGAAAAAGAUGAUGCCUUCUUGUGAUACACAUGUUUUUAGUGUUCAGUUAAAUGUAGUUGGGAAAGAAAACUAUUUGUCAGUGCUCAAAUAUGCAUAUGACAUCAUGGCAGGUCAAGCAGCACGAACUGGACAAUUUGAAUUUUUUAAACCAUAUAUGGAUGAUAUACUACGCAAAACUCCAUAA